ACAUUUUAAAGUUUCCUCGCCACAGGCUGACAUUCCCUUCAGCUCCAUUCAUUUCUCUCGAAACGGAUUCGCGCCCUAAAUAACAUUUUAUUUGUACGCUGACAACUGGCUAUCAUUGUGCCAUUGCGACUUACUAACUAUGAAUUCGCAGCUGGAUCUGAUCCGGCUAUCGCUGGUGGAACUUUUGGAUGAAAUGAAUGGAGAGAACCCAGACAAUGUCGACAGUCAAGUUAUAGCAACCAAUAUUUGCAGCAUGGUCAUGGAGCUGAAAGAGGAUGAAAUCGAUAUGGCGACUUCGCUCCUCUUCAACCCAGAGCGGGGUAUUAUGUUGUUUCUCAGAAAAGCUCUUGACAAGACUGCACAUACUGGCGCGAAGGUCACUUUUCUUGAGUUUACUGCCGAGUUUAUCAGUCGUUCGCGUAACGCCAUUACACCAUAUAUCGUCGAUAUUAAGAGGACUUGUUUGAACCUUUUUUUGAAUGACAGUACAGCUCGCGUCAAAAAAUCAUCAAUGUUGCCGAUCAAGAUUUUGUUAUCAUCAUGCUCGAAAAUGAUUGAUCCAGAGGUGUUGGAGAUAGGGGGGCUUUUCGAGCGAAUCUUUGAAGCAUAUGGAACUCAGCAGUCAAAAAUGGUGGCAACUGUAAAAGCGGAAGUGCUAGAGGUGCUUGGAAUCAUUUCUCGAUAUUUCCCAAAGGUGGCAGAGAAGCGUCAGUCUAUGGUUGUGCGCUGGUGUCUGACAACAAUCCAGGAGCAGCUAAAGCCCAACGCAAAGCAGGAGCUAACUUUAGUAGCAGGGGCACUCAUUGGGCUGGACAACUGUCUCUACAGCUUUGCGGAUAAAGUCACGAAAGAUGUGCCUACGAUACUACAGCUCGUUAAAACGUUAGUCAACGUCCCAGAAGACCUAAGCCGAUUUGCAACACCUAUUGCUGCUAUGGACCUUUUUGCGCACCAUAUCCACCUAUUCCGCUCAAAAUUGAUUGAUAUAUAUGAAUGGAUGUAUCAGCGGAUCGCAGGGUAUUGCGAACAUUCACACAGCGGGAUGUCGAAAUGUGGAUAUAACUCAUUGGAUGUUUUUCUGCAAGAGAUGGCGAAUGUAUUAACAUCAACAGAGAUUACAGAGCGAGAAUACAACUGCUUCUUGUUUUUUACUGCAAAUUUCACUCAGAUUAUCAGUACAGAGGUGGUAACAUCUACCGCCCAGUACAAAGCAAUGUCAGUCGCGAUCCGAGGCUACGGAUAUUUUGCCGAGCCAUGUAAACAUAUUGCACCAGAUCAGCUUAAAAACCUUCUCGUGCAGCUUCUCCGAAAGAGUUCAUUCCUCGUAUCAUCAAAUCUGAAUGAAGGGGUCGAUGGUUCAACCUCUCAUCUUGCAGCAUUUAUCUCUGCCUAUACGAAUGUUGCACGAGUUUAUACUGAGGUUCCAGAGCUUUUAAUGUCAGCACUGAACCAAAUGGUGAACGCAGCGAUUGCCAACUUCAUACGGAUGUCGACCUAUGCGCGAAUUGAUUGCACAAUCUCGAUUGUGAGGCUGCUUGUCAUGCUCUUCUAUAAGGGCGAGGGAGCUCUGAGAGGGUUCUUUGACAAGUUUUCAUACAAGCUGCUUGUAUUCACAUCUGCAGACAUCGCAAGGCCACAACCCCCAUCCUACAGGAUUGACCAAACAAUUACGACGGAUCAAAUAGCAUGGCAUUCAUAUAGUAUAUAUCUAUUUUUAUGGCGGAACAUUUUCAAACCAACUGUUCUCAUCGAGGACCUAAACAAAACCCGUAUAGACAUCUCCGGUGAGGAUCUUGAAAGAUUUCUUUGCGUCGUAUAUGGAUGUACAAUGGAAUCUUUCAAGCGCCUGAUAUUGCUAUUAAACCUCACGGUCUCCGAAUCGGAGACGGAUCUGGAGGAGGGAGUCGAUGCAGACAUUAAAGUAAUUGAUGUAGAUCCAAUGUCCGUAUCUACAGUUGGGCCUAUGUCUGGUGACAUAGCUAGUUUGCAGGCCAACUGUGCUAAAGACUUCCUAAUUUUCCAGAACCUAACAGAGUUCUGGCAAGUCUUCCUACCAGAAGUCAGACCAGAUCUGUUUAAAUCCUGGUCAUACGUAAUUGGAAGCACACUUAUCGAGCUCUCCUCGAAACAUCCUCUUGUCAGUGGAUUUUACAAGAUGUUUGCCACUUGUUUGCAGGUCUGCCAGUCGAUUUCAUUAUUCCAACAGAAGCAAAGUCUCAUGGAACGUAUAAAGAUCGAAGAUGAUACAAUAGAUAUUCAUCGCGCAGCCGCUCUAUUCAAAAAGUACAUUUAUGAGGUGCUCGCGCGACUCGAGCAAUACAAGGACGAUCUGCUAGCAUCAUGCCUACACUUGGUGCUGUCAAGCCCAUCCGCUCUUAUAGAGCCUAGCAAUAUUAUUCCCCCGAUUAAGCUGGCGCUCAAGCUUGGACUAGGAUAUUUUCCAUUAGCAUCUAUUGCGAUGGAGGCCAUAGAGCGAUGGGUUGAUAUUAUUGAUCAUGGUCAAGAGAUUUGGCUUAGUCAGGUCUUGCCAUAUUUGAGUGAUUAUUUGAUGGUUGAGUUAACUGUCAACGGAGACAAUGAUUUACCCGAAGCAACAUCACUGAAAUCAAAGCAAAAAGGAUCAGCGCGUCAGAGCCAGUCAUAUAAGGUUGUUGCACGGAGUGCAUCCAUACCGAACCUUCCGGAGCAAGUUGAAUCCAUGAGAGAUCUGCAGCUACGUAUUUUACGGCUCCUUGGUCGGCAAGCGCAAUAUAAUAAACUCAUCUUGGCACAACGAACUGCAGACGAAGUUGACAAGAGAAACACAUCCGAUCUACUUGCUUGGGACCCCGAAACGAGAUUGAAAUUAAAGCUUCCUUUUUUGGAGAUGAAAGCUGAGCUUCAAUUUGACGAGAUGCUUCCACGAAUAGUGGAUCUUGCAGAGAAUUCUCUCAGUCGACAAAUUAAGGUGGUCAGCUGUGAGUUGCUUCAUUCCUUAAUGAUCCUCAUGAUUGGUUCCAGUGCUUUCCGCGCUCGUGAUGCGCAGGACUCGAAGAAAAGCCCCUUCCAUAAAUUAUUCCUCAAACUCUUCCCGGCGUUGCUCCGCCUAGCAGUGGAUGUAGAUCAGGUUCCGCGGUCAUUGUUCCGUCCAUUGGUUUCACAGUUGAUCCAUUGGUUGACAAACAAUGCUCAGUACGAAAACCCAGAAACAAUCGUGCUAUUAAACACCUGCAUAGAUGCUACAUGCGAUACAAUGGGGCCUCUUCGGGACUACGGAGCUGAAUGCCUUGGCGAGUUCGUUAAAUGGUCAAUCAAACAAUCCUCAUCAAGCUCUUCUGGAUCUGCGAAUGUGAAAUCAUUGCUAAAACGGAUCUAUAGUCUCGCAUCUCAUUCAAACCCCACUAAACGAUUAGGGGCCUCACUCAUCGUUAAUCGAAUUUAUAGAGUCUUUCGAGAAGAAGCACCACUUGUCAAUCAAUUCACAAUGGAGUUGCUGUACUGGUUAUUGUUUAGUUUGCGACUUGCAGAAACGGAUCAUUCUGGCCUCGGCACCCGACAUCAAGCUUGUUUGGCUAUCGCUCGUCUCCAAAGAAUUGUCCAGGUCAAAGCAGCCUUGUUUCUGAAGGAUUCAAAGGAUCGUAGGCGAAUCCCAGGUUUAGAGGAAGCUACAAUCGAUGGUCUUGUUCACUGGUUGUUACGAGAAACAUCUAGGCCAGAAAUGGAAUAUACAAAGAUAUGUCGAAUGCUUUUUGAUUCUUUUGUGAAGCUACUACCAGGGUCUCCAUCUUCGGGAACAUGGAUUGGCGCCAAAAUCACACAUAAUGCAGGCUUUGUGGCCUCUCUCUAUCAAUGCCCUCAGUAUACUUCAGAGACAUUUACUCAACCCACCGCGUAUCGGAAGUGGUGCACACAGUUAGCCUCAAUACUCACUAACUAUAUCUGGGUGCUGAAUCAUCCUGGAAGUGCAGAGCUGCUUUUGGCGCAACUCGAAAAGGGGGCCAUCAUGAACACGUCUACCAAGUUUCUAGAACAUUGCCUUCUCUUUCCGCGUGAAUUAAAGCGAGGCGAUAUGGUGACAACAUUGACCCCAUCAGAGCGGCAACAGAUCAUGGACCAGAAUCUCAUGACAGCUAGGAAGGCCAUUUCCUUCGUUUCAAUCGUAGCCUCACAGAGCCAAAGCCGUGGUGACACAAAGUUUAUAGCACAGCUUCAGGCAUCCGGUCUUCUUGACUCGAGAUUUUUUGCAGUCUUGGCGGCAUGUCUCUUCAAUCCAGACAGUAUCGGAAGCGAUCAGCUCUUGAAAGGCAGCGAAGAGCUUACAAUAUUAAGAGAUGAACUCAAGGUAGCCCUGAGAGUUAUAAGUAAGUUACCUAUGAGUAUCACUCGUUCAUGCGGCGAAAUGCUCAUGGAGGCCAUAUCAUCUGGAGACUUGAUCCCCCUGUCGGCUUCACCUGAUGUCAAAGGGCAAGACCCGAUAAGGUUUAAGGCAGUUAUUGAUGGCCUCGAGUUGGUACGAGAGUGCGAUGUCUUGGAGAGUAUGUUCGAUGGAUCAUCUCAUAAAGCAUGUCACUAUAUUGCUUCUUUGUAUGAGGUCUUUAUGUCAAUGCAAAGCACACGGGACCCACUCUGGAUUAACUAUUGUAGUGCACUUCUGCAGUUCUCUUUGGGCGAGCGUCAGUGCCGACAGCGCCUUUGGGAUUACCUUUUGGACUCCGAACACUUUGAGCAAGCGAAGAUGAUAUAUUUGAAAUACGCGGACGUCAUCAAUCGCCAAAUUGCGUUGCAUUUUGUAGAAUUAUCACCUGUCAUAUCGUGUGCUGCAGAGUUCAACCCUUUUGUACUUGCGAUCUGGAAUGAUUUCCUAGAUUAUAUGUAUUCCCAUCCAGAAUUGAGCACAGAGAAGGAUACAUUCCUGGACAUGUUGACAAAGGAUUACUCAACAUUAGAGAGCAUUGUAAAUUAUCUUGGAAAGGAUCAAAUAUCAAUGACAGUUGCAAUUUGGAAACGGCUCGUAGCGCUUAGCCCCAGGAUCCUUCGGAACUCAAAAACAGAUACAUUCGUUCAGUAUUUCUUCAAGAUCUUUCAAUCCUUUUUCGAACGUGAUCCUGACAAGAGAGAGUAUUUAACGCUUCCAGUCAUGUCUGAGGCAUUUCCUAUCCUUCCGGUCUUCUUGACGUACCCAGGGCAGAGAACGGUCGAAUUUGAGUCUGUAUUCAAUAGGGCUGUUUUGAAUUUAAUGCCAAUGUCUUCUACCGAGUACGAGCGAGGGUCAUCCAAGUUCAAGGAUUACAUUAAUGCACUCGAUCUCCUCUUGAAGGCUUUGGUCGCCUCUUCCAGCUUCAGUCUGUUCAAGACAUUGAUGGGCAUUGCUAUACGGGAAUCAAAUCACCCGCAUAUGGAGCAGAUGCAGCAGCACAUCUCGUCGUUCGCGUUAAAACAGCCUCUCUCAAAGGUCCUGGAGAUCACGGGCUAUUGCUUCGACGAGUUCAUCAAACGCACUCACUCAGAUGAGCACCGGCGGAAUAUUAUUCAUCAAAUAUUGCUGCCCAUGUUAAAGGCCUUGCCUACACUAAGCGUUUCUGAGUUUUACGUGCUGAAUAUUGCGCGAAUUAUGGGUGUGAUUAAGCAAGAGACGCCUCGCUCCACGGACACAGAGAUGCGUAGAGAUUAUAUAGAGCGCGAGUGCUGCUAUGGUCUUGUACAUGUGCUAUAUAUGCGAUUGCCUUCAGAAAUGGUCAACACUAAGGAUAGUAAGAUUGUAGAUGCAUUCACCGGUCAUAAGACCACUACUGGAAAAGAACUCACAGUAGACGUGUUUAGGACCGCAAAUGCAGCCAAGUUCAAACAAGACUCGACACCAAUGACUCCAGAAACAGCUGCCUUGAGGGAGGACUAUAAGCGUGCAGCAUACAAUGCUCUUGCAUCAGCCAUUUUGUGCACCCAGCGGAAGGAGGAUUUUUUCCGUCAGUUCCUGUUCCGCGAUAACGAGGCCAAGAAAGAGUUUGUUUGGGAAAAUAUUGUUGACCUGGAGGCAAAAUACCAUUUUGAACAAGUUCUUUCUGGUCCUCUUGUAAAGACGCGAUUAUCCGAUCUUCGUACGAAAUCAUUGAAUCCAAACAAAACGUAUAGCACAAACUAUCGCUACAUGUCGUCGCAGUACCUUAGUGACAGUAGCCUCUCACAGAGUGUAGGGAUGAUAGGUGAAAGUGAGGUCUAUACUGAUCUGGAUGAUGGAACAACCAAUCAGGGCAAUCAAGAUACGCCUGAACUCUCUGGCCCCAAUCCAAAUGCCGUCAAGAGUGAAGUCAAGAAAGAAGAAGAAGAGCAUAUGCUUGAGUUGGAUGCAAUCAAUUCUAAUCCUUGCAUGAAGAUGAUCCUUUUGGUUAUUAAUGAGCUGCAUACGAGUAUUACUCCUCCCCCAAAAGAGAUGGCCAAAGAAGACAGCGCGAUGCCAUCUUGGAUGAAAGAUAUUCACCGGAAGCUGGUUAAUCCUAAUACCAAUCUGAAUGUUCGUCUGUUUUUAGCGAAGAUUGUCAUCAACAUUCCUGAGGCUUUUGAGAUGUAUGCGCAUUCAUGGAUCCGAUCGUUGAUGAAGUUGGCAAUAGAAGGCGAACAAUACGGCGAAGCUAUGAACUACUUUGUUCAGGAUUUGUGCGUGUUGAUCGUCGUAUGGGGUGGGUCUGUGAAACUUGAAGAUUCUUAUGAUGAUCGCGUGCUACUCUUGAGUUUUUUGAGCUAUCUGAUGAAAAAUUGUUAUCAUGAGCAGCGACAGUACCUACUGAAUAACAUCGAUCUGAUCAAGGGGACGUUCGAAAACUGGUCCAAUAUUGCGAUUGUUCCAACGACAAUCAUUUACAACAAUUUCAAAAACAUUAAAGAUGACAAAAGGAAUAUCACUGGUAUUCAGCUUCUCGGAAUUGUUUUGACUCACGACAAUCCACCAUUCUACAGAGGCCCGGAAAUCGACCUUGGUACAUUGCGAGAAUCAGAUUACUAUGAAGCCUUGGUUCGGAAUAUGGGUAGUUCCCAAAAAGCUGUUUAUUCUUCGGCUGCUGAAGUUUGUGGUUUAGUUCUGGCGUAUAUGAAGAGACACAAUAGCUUGGAUAAUGACUUUCAAGACCUGGUCACAAAGAAGCUUUCGGAACUUUUGGUCACGUCUGGCCCUGCACCACACACCAAAAGUGGAAAGUCGGUGUCGUUCAUUAAUUGCCUGCAUAAAGUGCAGCUUCAUUUUCCAGAAAUCACUGAUGCGUUUGGCCCAAGGCUAUUAUUUUUAUUCCCUCAGCUUCUCGGCGAAGAACGCAGACUAGCUCUUGAAAUAUUCUCUGGCAGAGCCGCUCAUCGUCCAGAUCUUUUUCAGUCGCUACAAGGAUUAAACUUCCUUGGCUGCUUAAAACACCGAGACGAAGGAACGCAAUUUGCUGCUCUUUCCAUCAUUUACGCCCUUUGGGAGUCCCUGAAGGUGGAUCAAAUACUCUACUUUUUGGAUACGAUUGUGCUUGAGUUUUCGCAUCAUCCUAGUGUCGAGUGCAGGAAAUUAUACUAUUCGAUUCUCAUGACACUAUUCGACAAGCACUCUACUACCCCUGAAGUAGCUAACGUGCUGCGAACACAGCUCCUGCGCGGACUUGGUGACACGAAUGAGUCGAUUCGACACACUGUUGUAGAGUUCUGGUAUAGCAAGGACCGAUUGCCAUCAAAUACUUUUGAGCGUCUAGGCGAAAUUAUCAGAAACAUGUAUGAUGUCCAGGCAGAGGACAUAUUUUUGAACUAUGCGACAUACAUGCUGUUAGACCGGACAAAGAAAAGUCCUGAUUAUACGGAGCCUAUUUUUCAGGAACCACUGCCCAAUGCGAAAUUUAACGAACGCUACGCAAGUAUCGACACAUCUUGGAGGCAUACAGUGGCGAUGACACCGCUAUUUGUAAAUACUCAACAAAGCCAAUCUCAGCUUAUAAGCGAUAGCUGGACCUUGGGCGAAGAUGAGCUUCGAGCUACCCAGUCCACAUUUGAGUUCAGCAUGACCUUGGACGGAGGUGCACCUGCAAUCCGAUCUCAACUAGGUGGAGCCGCUAAUCCAAGCUCAACAUUGAUGUUCAGAAAUACUCCAGUUCAAGGAGCAGCCCCAAAACUCUCACUUGAGGCAUCGUUAUUGGAUAGAAGCCAAAAGUAUCGUCGCCUUCAAAUGCGGCAUGUUCAUGCCACUGAAGUAGAACAAUCGCAACGAUACAGGCGUGCAUAUGAGGCUAAGGUGCAGAACAAGGCUCAGGCAAUCGCUAACAAAGAGAUAGCGAGAGCUAAAAGUGUUUCUAUCAUUCGAAAAUACAGGGAGGGAGAUCUGCCAGAUAUUCAAAUUGCAUAUUCUGACGUUAUUCGGCCACUAAAGAGUUUGGCAGAGAUGGAUGUCGAGAUCUGUAGAAUGCUUUUUAGUAAGCUUGUUAUCAGUUUGAUAGGCCAAAUUGAUUCACAUGUGGAAAGUGAGGAAGAGGCUCUAUCUUUCAAGGAUGGACUGAUACGUGACUUUAAGAACAUCUUGCAAAAAUCUACAACUCUUUAUACGCCCUUCAUCGGAAGCAUUCUUCGUAUUUGUCAUGAUUACGGCCAAGUUGAUAUUUCUGCUGAAUUAGUUGCUAAGGCAUCCAUUCGAAGCUCAAAUCAGCACCUUGGCAUCAUCUUAAUUGAAAAACAAAUCCAAGAACAUGGCUCAAGAGAGAGAUCAGUUAAACGCUUAAAGACCAGUGGAGCAACUAGUCAUGACCCGAAGAGAGGUAGCUGGAUUGAGCUUGCACGCAUUUACAAAUCGAUCGAUGAAAAAGAUGUAUUCAAAAGUAUCUAUGAGACUAAAGUUGCUACAACGGAGUUUACGAAGCAGGCAAUCGAAGCUGAGGUUGUUGGAGAUUAUGAUCGCGCGGUCAAGGUCUAUUUUGAUGGAAUCACAAAGCAUUUUGCAAAUGAGAUCCAUGUAGACGAUGUGGAGCAGAGUAUUUGGGCCCAUGGUCGUUUGGAGUGCCUUGAGCAUUUGGGCGAUUGGGAUUACCUAGAGGCAAAUAUGAUGUCGGACCUAGACAACGAUUCGCAGGAGUUAUGGACAGAGGACUAUCAAGACCCUUACUUGCAUUAUUUCCUGACGAGUUAUAUCAAAUUGGUUGAUGGAAGACGAGAAUCGGAGAUGUUGGAGUUCUGGACGGCAGAAAACCCUAACCCUCUCUUCCAAUUUAUUGAUGAAGCCAUGAACAAUCCCUCCCACCGCCAGAUUCUGACAACACAAUAUCAACCAGAACUCGCCCUUGCCGCUGUAAUGAGAAGGGAUUUCAAGCAAGCAUCCCAUUAUGUCCGAAGGUCUUAUAAUCGAUUCCUUUCCAUCUGGUCCAACCUCCAUCCUCUCUCAGAAAAACCCCGUUUACAUGAGCUUGCGAAUCUGCAAAGGGUUGUUGAGUUGGAGGAAUUCUUAGGUGCUGUUGAUAAAGCCCUACGUGAUCCCAUGGCAAGCUUUCUAGCUUCUUUAAUCUCGAAGUGGGAUCAUCGAUUUCCUAGUGUAUCAACAGAUACCAUGGUGACUUGGAGCAACGUCCUUGAUGACCGCAAGCUCAUGAUCCAACGCCUAGAGGACUACACCGCUUACUCAAGGAGGCAAGAGACCUUAGUUACCAACCAUCGCAUUCGUAGCUUUAUGAAAAUGUCGGCAGCAGCUCGUAACCAAGGUAACUUUUAUGUUGCCAAUACCUGCGUUGCCUCGAUGCAAAAACUCCAAGCAUCAUCCUACAAUAUCCACUACAGCCAGCUGAAGCUUGAUCUCGCCAGAGCAACGUUGGAGAUGGAUCGAGUAGUCAAGGCUGGUAUUUUAGCUGAUAGUCUAUCCAAGUUUGAAGAGUAUAUUAGCAACGACCGUGACUUUGAUUCGACUCAGAUCGCAGGGCUGAAUAUGCUCGGAAGUAAGGCGUACAGCCUUUUGCGUGAGCUAAUUACAGAUGACCGCACCAUAUGGAGCCAUCUCAAGUCGAACGUUUGGGCCCAAAGUCUAAUUAGCUCUAAAGCUGGUGAAGCUGAUAUCUUCCGGAAGCUGCAGCAGCGAGGCUAUGAGUGCUUGCGGGCAGCAGCGGCGCUCGAGAUAGGCGAGGAUAUGGUCAGAAAACUCCGUCUAAACACUGCAUCGUACUGCGAUAAAGUCUUAAGACAUCAUGAGAACGAAAGGAGCAAGGAGGGGGGCGAAUCAUCAAUUCUCAGCACGAAAGAUCUGGCUGUACAUGCGAAUCUUGUAAUCAAAAAUACAUUGCUAUCGAUUCGGGAUGGAGAACUUGGUGCCACAGAGUUAUUCCCUCGUCUGCUUCAAAUCAUCGAGAUAUACCCCUCUAGCCAAAAGCCAUUCACAGAGAUGGUAACCGACCUCUCGGGAAGCUGGACAUUUGUCCGAUGGAUACAGCAAAUGGUGGCUGUGCUAGAUAAACCUAUCGGCGCCUGUGUAAUGCCGAUUCUCAAAUCGAUUGCGCUUCAAUACCCCAACGCACUGUACUAUCCUUUGACGAUUAGUGCAGAAAAUUUUGCGUUUGAGCAAGGUCCCGCAGGGGAGAAGUGUAUGCAAGACGUUGCUUUCUUAAAAAAGACCGUAUUUUCGCCUUUAAAAGAGGACUUUAUUUUCGAGUUAAGACGCCUUACCAAUCCAGAUCAUCUCAUCAAAGAUUGGCUCGAGCAAACUGUGGCAUUGUUUCAAAACAAGACACGGAAUGUAGAGCAAAUUAUGGCGUUGUACCAAGAUCUCCAUCGUCUGGUUUUGGAUGUUGGCAAUCCUCGCCUGGGAUCAAUUGCCAAGGCAUUCGCUGCGAAAUAUGGUUCUAAAAUGGAGAGCCUCUGUGGUAAAACUGGUCAGAAGCUGGCAACCAUCAGUAACCGUGAUUUCAAUUCGCAUAUUCUCAAGUUCUGCCGCAAUGAAAUUCUUUCUAAAGACGCUUCAAAGAAACAAAGCGAUGCAGAUCUUUUGAAGGCCUACUCACCAUGGUUACACGCUUUUCAGGCUUCGGACUAUGAUGGUGUUAUCGACAUUCCUGGGCAAUUCUCAGGUUUGACACCGCCCAACAGUCAGCAGACAGCAACGAUUGUGCGUUUUGAUCAAAGAGUCCUUGUGAUGAGCUCUAUUCGAAAGCCUAAGAGGAUUUCUAUCCUCGGGAGUGACGAAAAGGAGCAUCUUUUCCUUGUCAAAGGCGGAGAGGAUCUUAGGCUCGAUCAACGUAUUCAGCAGCUGUUUAGUCUAAUGAAUGAUAUUAUGCGGAAAGACCCGCAAUGCUCCCAGCAAAACUUCUGCAUUGGGACUUACAAAGUCAUCCCUAUGUCAAGCUCGCUUGGUGUCUUGGAGUGGGUAGAUAACACUAAGCCUCUGCGACACUGCAUUGAGGGCGAGAUUCCUCAUAAGGAAACAUGGCGAAGAGCCCAGGAUCAGUAUAACAAGUUUGUUGCGUCUUUCAAAGGAGAUAUGAUGGGUUACCAUAAUCUGUUUAUUAAUGGCACUCGCGAAAAAGUUGUCAAGCACAUGGAAAGCCUGUACAACCAAUUUCGAGAGGAUUAUCUUCGACAAUCAAUCUCACGGCUCGCUGCUUCUCCUGAGGCAUUUUUGAUGUUACGAUCCGAGUUCACGAAGAGUUUGGCGGCCAUCAAUGUCUGCUCCUAUAUCCUUGGCAUUGGCGAUCGUCACUUGGAGAAUUUUUUACUAGAUAUGUCGAGCGGUUGCUUGAUUCCUAUUGACUUUGGCCAUGCGUUUGGCUCUGCUACGGAGGUCCUCCCGGUGCCUGAACUAGCGCCGUUCCGUUUGACUCGACAGCUAGUAGCCUUCUUGAACCCACUGGGUACUAAAGGUCUGCUUGAGCAUCCCAUGGUGUGCAUCAUGAAGGCGCUUCAGGCAAAGAAAGAUGUGAUUUUGAAUACAAUGGAUGUAUUUGUGAAAGAACCACUGCUGGACUGGCGUAAAUAUGCUAUCAAUCAGGCGAAAGAACAGAAAAAGCGUGGCGCAGAUAUGGAUUCAUUUGAAAUUGACGAGGACAGUAUAGCGCCUCCAGCGUGGUACCUCCAACAGAAAAUGGAUAUUGCUCGAAAGAAGUUGGAAGGACACAACCCAGUAUACUUGACUGUACAAGAACUGAAUAUGGGCCACGCAAACAAGCCUUUCCUGGCAGCUAUUACGAAGAUUGCGAUGGGCGACAGUCUGCACAAUGUCCGCGCUCGGCACGGUCGAGUGUGUGCGAGUGUGCAGGCUCAGAUUGAAUGUUUGAUUGAUAUGGCAACAGAUUUAGACAUUCUUGGGCGAGCCUGGGUUGGUUGGAUGUCUUGGGUGUAGAAACUGAGCAGGACAGUCACAAAGAAAGUAAAAGUAACAAUAGUAAACAACAUGUCUUCCGAACUUUCACAUUCUUUACUUUCGCUCUCUUUUUCUAAUAAAAAAAACUGCC